UGCGUGUGAUCCGUGCUGCUCAUUUUUUGUUCCGCGGUACCGUGCUGUAGACGGUCAAAGCUGUUCGCCAAUCGUAUCAAGCGUGCAGCAAGUCCAACGCGCUAUCUGUCAAAUUUUUUAUGAUUGAUUGCCCAUAAACGAAAUUAAAUUGUGACCCCGAUGAAAAAAGCGUCUUGUCCGGACGACGAGAAAAAGAGGCAGCUUAUGGUGGUAAACCGUGCAUCGGCACGGAGAAGCGCGCAGCGCAAGAGACAGUACAUUGAAAACUUGGAAAGAGAGAAUGCGUAUCUCAAGGAAGAGAACAACGCAAUGAAACACAAGCUAGAGAGUUGUAGAAAAAUGUUUGCAGCAAUGCUGGGCAAAAACACGAGUUCUCAUUCAGUAAUUAAUAUACCUUCUGAAUACAUUGAAUCUACAAUGGCUGACCGCUUAUAGGAUGAUAUGUUUAGCUGAGGAAAAAUUGCAGAUUUUACUGAGUUUGAGAAGCGAUGUGAUACCGAGUACUCUAUCCUGUUUGACAGUAAUUUUUAAUGAAGAGUAAAUGCCCU